AUGGAAUGCGAAAAGAAACUCACUACGCAAGAAUUUGGAAUUGGUGUCGUUCGCCCCAACGUAAGCACCGAGAAAUUCCAGUACCGAGUAGGUUGGGCCAGCUCCGACUCCGCAGCUGCUGUGUUCCUAACCCAGUCUCUCAAAAUCUUCCGCUUCCGCACGUCAAAGGCACUCACAGAUCCCGGAUCCGCCUCUCAUCCCGACAGUUUGACUCUGCCCCCGACUAAAUGUCUCCAUUCGCCGUAUGACCCCCCGAGAUGGACAAGUCGACUACUCCUGGCGCCAGUGGAGGUGAUCAGGCCACUACCGGGGAGCCUCAGUACAUUCGAGCACGCGUGCAGAGUGCUUGUGACGGCUGCAAAGCACGGAAAGGUAGGCAACUUCCGGCCGGCCUGUUCUGCCAUUGGCCCCCUCGACUAUUGCGGUUGUGGUUUCACAGCGACACCGAGCAUUAACUCUCCUACUGUGUCCGUCAACGGCAACAACCACAGCCAAGGGACACCGCACCCAGUUGACUUCGAACACUCAAGCAUCACGGCUGCCACCAACCAUGCCGUCCUGCCGACGCCUCCGGUGAAGCCCGGCUCUGCAGCCGGCAACACAGCUCACCGGAGGAGUAGCGAUACCGCCGUGACAGACGACCACGAAGAGGCUGAGGUGCCUAGGGAAGCAAGGCUUCUCUGCGAUGCCCAGGGCAAGCUGAUUUUCAUCGGCGACUGCGCACCGUUGUCGUUCUUCCAGACUGUCCGCCAACUCGUCACUAACCGGGUUGAUCAGUAUGCCUUUGCCCCACAGACGAGUCGCUAUUCGGUGCUCGAAAACGCAGUCUCGAGGUCAUCAUUCCUUUCGGGUGCUUCGUCGCCUCCAGAGGUCAAGACCGAAGACCUACCAGAAAUUAUCUCGACGUAUCUGUCCGUCACGUCAGGCAUGGCCGACCUCUUCGUCAGCAAGGCGCGGCUGGUCGAGGACAUGACCAUCUGGGCGUCCAACCACCAAGCAGGGAACCGCAUUGACGACGUGUCCUCGGCGGUGAAUUACCUCGUCAUCGCCAUCGGCAUGCAGCAGACCAACGAGGAGACAGCGCAGUUAUACUUUGAGUACGCCCGUGACCAAGCCCUGGCGAACCUGAACGGCAACCUGAGCGUCGACACCGUCCAGGCCUUUGUCCUCGUCACCCUGUACAUGCUGUGUGCGUGUCAGAUCAACGGCGCAUUCCUGUUCUUCGGCAUCGCAGUGCGUGCGGCAUAUUCCAUCGGCGUGCAUCGCACCGAGGUCAACAGCCGAUUUGGACCCGAGACUCACAGGCAACGCGACAGGCUGUGGAAGAGCUUACGCAUCGUGGACUUGUUCCUCAGCACUUCCAUGGGCCGCCCGCCAAGUACGAGUGACGUCGACUGCACGGUGUCUUACCGCCAAGUCGACGAUGAUGGCCAGGAGGUAUUUGAUAUCCUCAAUGCGUCCGUACAGAUCUUCCUUAUCCUUGAAGGCGUUGUCGUGGAAGUCUACUCGAGACGCAAGAUCUCUCUGCAAUUGACCGAGGGCAUCUCCCGGCAGUUGAGAGAUUUCUCCGUGAGGUGGCUGCAGCAGCUCAAGAGCGUGGUGUCUUCGUCGACGGAGCAGAACUCUGCUGAGGUGAAUGGGGCCUGCCAGGUCCUCGCAUCGUAUUACUACGCUGUAAUGUUGGUGUCAAGACCAUUCUUGAUGUAUGAGCUAUAUAGGCGCUUGUCCCCUGAGCCAUCUGCUGUUUACGGGAGAGCGGGCUUGAUGUCUGGCAAGACGAAGCUGGCUGAUGCUUGUAUCGACGCUGCCAGCUUGAUGGUCGACCAGAUUUUGGACCUUGUAGAGAAGGGGCUCAUCUCUGGACGACGUCCAGUGCUUGUAUCGUGGCUAUUCGCAGGGUCGCUUGUCCUCGGCUCUGGGCUCCUUGGUGGCUUUGGCCGCAUCCUUGAGAAAUACGCACGCAUGUCCGUGACGGCGCUCGACCAUUUUGCAAAAAUCGAUGCACACGCAGCACAAUACUCUAUGAUAUCUAAGUCUCUUCUCACAACAGCGGUGGAAUAUUUGGAGAAGAAGGAAGUCCAGGAGCGACUUCAGAGGACCGAAAGCUCCGCACAGCUAUUCGGACUUAUUCCUCAUGAGGCACGGGAUGGGGAUAGCACAAGCACAAGGAAAACACCUGAGAUCUCGCGCAAAAUUGCCAGUCCCAUGAGGAUGGGCCACCAGAGGGAUGUGAAUUCUGAACCGACGCCGCAAAGCCACGCGACACCGCAUUUCGGCAUGGGGAGUGUAGCAUCUCCUUCCCUGUUUAGCGACUUGGAUCCAGCCUUCUUGACGAUGUCGAACUCCUUACCUCGCACCCCGGAUCUUUCUCUGCUGAGUGGAGGCAAGUACAUCAUCUCGCCCUCAAGCGUGAAGUAG